AUGGUGGGGGUGGCGGAGCCUGCAGGUUCCCAUGCCAUGGGGGAGCCGAUCCGGGUGAACGGGGUGACGGCGGAGGCGACGCUGACGAGGGCGGCGGCGGGCGGGGGGCUGUGCGCUGGGGGGUGGUUGCAGUGGAGAGAGGUCGGCGGGCAGGGGAGGGAGAGGUGUCUGGAGCUGGACAGGGAGGUACUGGGAGUGCAGAGGGAGGGAAGGAGAGUGACCGUGAAGGCGUUUGUGGCGGCAGGUGGCGCCGCCAAGCGAGGCGGCGCUGGCGGCGGUGAGAGGAGCCGGGUGAGGAAGGACUUUUCCCUCGAGGCGGCGUCGGAGGAAGCGGCGGAGGCGUGGAGGGCGGCGCUGCAGGCGUGCAUCGAAACCCUCGGUAAUUACCGAGCGCGCUGACUUUGCCGGAAGAUAUGAUCUCUUCGAAUUUUCUGAGCCCUGCCAUUAGACUUGUGUGGGACCAUGCUCAUCAAAUCUGAUCUCUUCUCCGACCCAGCAUCCCUUGCGGGUUUAUCCCCCCCCCCCCCCAUUUCUUGUCCAGUACCUCCAUGUGUUCAUGGUUCUUCGACUGGUGAACUCACUCCGCGUCCUACUGGUAUGCAUCGAACAGCGAUCCCCCAUUUCGAAUUGUGAACACUCCUAUCUCUACCUCCGUCGCAGGCCGCCCAAAGAGGCUGCUCAUCCUCGUGAACCCAUUUGGUGGAAAGAGACAUGCGCCGCUGAUCUUCGAGAAUGAGGUCAAGCCGCUCCUCGAUGCCGCUGGAGUCUUCUAUGUGAUGCAAGGUUUCUCACCAUGUCCUCGCUUUUAUCAGAACUUUUUUCUCACCUCCCCAGAACCAGGCAUCUGAUCUACGCUUUUGAUCCCUACAGAGACGCAAUAUCAGCUCCACGCUCAGGAAAUCGCCAGAAAGUUGGAUCUCACGAGCUGGGAUGGGAUUGUCUGCGUGAGCGGAGAUGGCAUCCUCGUCGAGGUUAGUGAGCCCAUCUCAUCUGGUGCAUUCUGCAGUUUAUCUUCAGAAUCAAGAACAUCGAGGGAUUUAAUUUUUUUUAAUAUAUAUACAUAUAUAUAUAUAUAUAUAUAUCGGUGAUCUCUCUUCUCAUCUGGUUCUUAUGUUCCUGUAUGAAAAUGGAAAUCCUAGAAAGGGUGUUCUAGCUCUGAUUGUUAAAUGUCAACUCCUAGUCAUGAUCCCCCUUCCAUGUCUUUCAAAUAUUUCAGGUGGUCAAUGGGUUCUUACAGAGAGGAGAUUGGCAGGAUGCAAUAAAGAUGCCCCUUGGGAUAGUCCCUGGAGGUCCGUUAUCCUUCCAGAUCUUGUGGAUCAUAUUUUUGAUCUGCUUCUUUUUAUGCCCAUAAAAAUAAUUUAUCGUAAUUCAUAUUCUUUCACCCAGAGUUGAUAACUUGUUUUGUAUAAAAAAUUGCUGUUUUUAUGCCCACUAGAAUUACUCGUAAUUCGUAUUCCUUCAUCAAUUGACUGAUCAUUGGUUUUGUAAAUGUUAUGGAUUCGAAAGGCAUGAACAAGAAUUAGAAAAGAUAAAGUUGCAACUGAUCAACUGAUUUCUGUGCAAAGGCCACGGCCAUGAGAAGUAGAAGAGAGAUAGUAGAACAGAUCAGGGUGGUAGUAAAAGCCGUGAACAAUAAGUAAAUAAAUAAAUGUAGAGGGUACAAGCAGAGAGGGAGAAAGAUAGAGUAGAGGGUAUAAGAAGAUCUUGCAGUGAAAAAUCAACUUGGGAACCAAUAUCUUGGUUCAUAUUAUUUAAAUUCUAUUCCCUUUGGGCUCUGGGCUCUUCAGUCUUCAGUCGGGUCGGUUUCUCACUCGCUCUGGAGCUUAGGCAGGAGCCUCAUGCCGCGACUUAUUUGAGUGCAGGAACCGGAAAUGGCAUGGCGAAAUCUCUGUUGGACGCUGUCGGUGAGAGAUGCUCGCCGUCCAAUGCAAUCCUUUCCAUCAUCUGCGGUAAUCACCAAACUAUACUCCUCCUCGUUUAUCUCUGUCCUCUUCAUUCUCUCUUUUUUGCCUCCUAUUCCUUGAGAUGGGAGGAUUUCCCUCUUUUAAUGGAGUGUCCCUCCCCUGUCUCGAUGCAGGUCACAAACAGCCACUGGAUGUCUCCACCGUGAAGCAGGGAGACAACACGUUCUUCAGUGUUCUUAUGCUCACCUGGGGUACGACACUUGCUCUCUCACAUGGGAAGGAAAAUGGGCAUGAAUCAUGGAUUAUUUUAUAUUCGGGCAGAGAGUUUGGCUGAUGGGCUCAGUCAGUCCUUUGGGUGCAAAUAACCUGGCAGCAAUGCUCGCAUGCUAUCUUAAUCUGGAUUUCCUUUUACACAAGAAAUCAGAUAUAUCUCACUCACUCAUUCGGGUCACAAAUCUUAAUCUGGAUAACCCUCCCUCGUUCCAGGGUUGAUAGCUGACGUUGACAUUGAAUCCGAGAAAUACAGGUGGAUGGGGAGCGCCCGUCUCGAUUUCUAUGUAUGCACCAGCAAGUUCACCGUCCAUUCCCACAAUAAUUUCGAAGAAUCUUUCUUGGGGCCCAUGACUGACUGACUGACUGACUGAAAUGUUUCUCCUAUUCGCAUGCUCUCCUCAGGCCCUUCUGCGCGUUCUCAGCCUGCGGAGGUACCAUGGGCGGGUCCACUUUGUGCCUGCUCCUGGGUACGAAGCCCACGGAGCACCCGCCGGAGGGCUUGAGCCGCCUCUGUGUGGGGAUCAUGAUCAUGAUCACGAUCAUGGCGGUGAUGGGAUGGAGCGCCGAGGAUACCAGGGGCCGACGAUCUCCUUCAAGAGCUCGGAGUGGAGAUCUGUCGAGGGGCCGUUCAUUGCAGUGUGGCUGCACAACGUACCCUGGGGCAGCGCCGACGCCAUGCCGGCGCCAGAGGCCAAGGUAGUAUCUUGAGAUUAUAUGGUUUUUUCUGAGAACGUUAUCAGGAAAGAGGAUCACAGAGAUAUUAGGCCUUCCAAUGAAAAAGUAGGGGACUGUACAAAGAAAGAACAUCUAGAUGAGGUGAUUGGUGUUGACCCUAUUUUUUUCAUCAUUUUUAAGCGUUGACGAUGGAUACAAGAUAAAAAAUGAAAAAUAGAAGGUUAGGCAAGGGCUAUUAAUGUUUAAUGUUUGUGCUGGACAUCUGGUGGCAUCAUAAAAUACAUGGAAAUUUCUCUAUUCUUAAUUAUAUUUGGUGUAAAAUUAUUGUUCCUGAUUCUCUCACUUGAUCAUCUCAUGUUCUUCAACUCUUGUGGUUCAGUUCUCAGACGGCUAUCUCGAUGUGCUGAUAAUCAAGGAAUGCCCAAAGUCGGCUUUGCUGUCUCUGUUGACCAAGUUGAACGACGGAACCCAUGUGAAGUCCCCCUACGUCAGGUACCUCAAAGUGAGUCAACUUCAACUCUCUUCUCAUUCUCAUUCUUUAUUUCAUGAUCAUAUGUUCUUCCCUAUGUUUUAGAGAGAGAAAGGAGAGUGGGGGGGAGAGUGAGCUGCCACCCAUGGGCGAUCACUCAGAAAAUUGUGCUCCCCAGUAUGUGAGCCAGAAGAAGUUCUUGAAGGAUCAAGUCUGAAGAAUAUGUCCUUUGUGGGUCAAUGGCAGGUCAAAGCCUUCAGGCUGGAGCCAGGGCAGCGGGUCAACGACCCGGGGAAGGGCGGCAUCAUCGACUCGGAUGGGGAGGUCCUCGCCAGAGGGAGUGGGACCUACCGGAGUGGCAAGCAUAAGGACCCCAUGGCGUAUGGGCUGCCAAUCAAGAUGACCGUUGACCAAGGCUUGGCCACCAUAUUCGCCCCGCUCCCCCCCGCGGCAUGGGCCAGCGACCUCUAUGCUCUGUGA